CUAAAAUAUAUAUUACGUGCAAUUUGAACCCAAAAGUUUUAAUAUCAAAUUCAAUGGAGGCGAAAGUAUUCAUCUUUUUAUUCUUAUUCAUAAGUGUUAUUGAAUCAAAUUUAAUUGAUUCAAGGCGCUAUUUAGAACAGGUUGCAGACAAAAUGGUUUUCUAUUUGAAGCAAGAUCUGGCUGAUAAAAUGUUUAUUUUCGAGAAAACCAAGACUGAAAUAAAAGAUUCGCGAUUCGGCAAAACGAUUUCGGGCGCUGUAGCAUUUCAAUCAGGAUUUUUAGUUUCAAUUGAUGCAGCGACACUGAACGAAAGAACUUACAAAGCGAUCAUAAAUAAUGAAAAUUGUCAGAUUGAGUCUGAAUUCAGUUUACGUGGCGUAAAUAUUGCAUAUGACGUACAUUAUGAUCUACAUUCCAAUUUUAAAGGAGAUGCUGUAUUUCUUAUCAGAUAUGAAAAUUUUCAUUUUCAUUUAGUCAUUACACAAAUACAUAACGAAAAAGCGAAAGGCUUUAUACAAUAUGUUGGUGUGAAUUCAGGAGGUCAAUAUAGUUUGAUAGUUAAAAUAGAUCCAGACAUACCGGAAGCACAGCUAAUUGCUCGAAAUCUUCGAUAUAAUCCGAACUUCCGAGGACAAACUGAAAGGUUUUUCGAAAAUUGGAAUCUGCCCUUGCAAGCAGCUUUAGUAAAGGCAGUCGCUGAUAUUGAUUUUCCAAAAAUAGAUUAUUUUCAUUAGAUGAAAAAAAUAAUAGAUUUGAUUGGCGAAUAAUAAAGAGUAUUGCAGGAGUAGGACGAACUUUUCCGCACGGUGGUA